AUGGCUCCAGAAAUAUGCACACCUGUCUCGGCGAGGUUUUAUAUAAGGAGAAGGUAUGGGGUUGCAACCAGAGAGUUGGGGAAAGGCAGCUUUGGUUCUGUCAUGGAACAUCGAACCUUCGAUGGUAGAGUAUUUGCAAUCAAAAACGGAUUAGACAACUCAAAAGAAACUGUGGAGACUAUGCUACGUGAAUUCGUUUUUGUGCUUAGUUUACAACCCCAUCAACAUGUAGUCAAAGUGUUCGAUCUUGUCAAGGGUCCAAGAUCAGUGCACCUUUGUAUGGAGUCUUGCACGACGACUUUAUGGAAACUGUUACGUCAGAACAGGCACUCUGUUCGCAAUAAAUUGGACCGGGAGACAAGAUUAUGCUAUUGGGGGCAGUUGCUUGCUGGAAUAGAACACUUACAUCAAGUUGGCGUGGCCCACCGAGACCUCAAGAUGGAUAACCUACUAAUAACUGAGGGCGGUGUCCUGAAAAUCGCUGAUUUCGGUAGUAGUACUGCUAGUGUUUAUUGCCACGGAUUAGUUGGUUCUGAGACAUUAACUGCUCCUGAGUGUUUCACUUCGGUAAAGUACGCUUCUCUACCCGUUGACGUUUGGGCAGCAGGGAUGAUUUUGGUAUACCUUUUGAUGGACAAAUUCCCCUGGCAAAGUGCUCGUUCUACAGACUCUCAUUAUUACAAAUACAUCACACCUGAGUCUGCUUCUAGAAAGUUUGUACUGCCUUGGGUUGGGUCUUCGGAAGUUGAAAACAAUGGAGAGGUAUUCAACAUUUUGAGCACUAUGCUUGAUCCAGCUCCUUCAACGAGGAUAUCUGUGGAACAACUAGUGAAAUGCUUGGAGGUACAAAACAUCCAGAUGUGUUCGGACGAAAACAUGGUGCUUUCCCACGAUCACAGGGCACAGCCAACCUGA